GCUGUUUAGUUGGCCUUUCAGUGUAUUGAACUUUGUGUGUUUGCGCGCCUUUAUCGCUCUCCGGUGUGUUCUAUUUUGCGCGCGUGCAUACGCUUCCAUGUAGACGACGGCUACAACUACACGAUGACGGUAACGGCGACAGCGGCAGCAGUGGAGAGACAACGAAAACAACAAACAAAUGUAUAGGGUGCGCUUCAGACGUUGACUCAACACCCAAUUGCAUGCAAUCGUGUGUCUUGGGCGAACAAGAACGCCCUGUAGAACAGCACAGCAUUUCGUGCGCGCCUUAAGAAUGUAGACGCAUGUGUAUGGGUGAAACGCGCGCACGUCUAUCUAUGUACGGAACGCGAGAAGCGAGUAAAAGUGUGUUCGAAGCAGGGCGGUUCAACAAAAAACUCAUGCUGCACAGCACCAACAUAUCGGUUCGGUAUCGUUGUCAACCGAUCGCAUUUCUCCACGAAACACCCUGUUUCAAAAAUAAAAUACGAAGUUCAAGCAUUUUUGUUUCUUUCGUUUGGUCGGUCGGUCCUUCGUUUGUUGUGUCAAUGUUGUGCCGCUUUCUUCUUCUGAAUAUAUCAGUACGGCCUGUUGUUGUUGUUGCUGCUGCUGCUAUUAUCAUUGUUAUUACUGUUAUUAUUAUUAUGGUUGUUGUUAUUACUGUUAUUAUUUGUGUGUUCCCGUCGUGUGCUCGCUCUGUGAUACACACAAUCGAGACUUCUUUCACGCAAGGCGUUCGAUGUACGCGACAGUUAUAUAGAUUUGAGUGUACCGUACACACACGGUUUGUAGUGUAAUGUGCGAUUAAGUGAUUACUUUGUCUCUGCCUACAGAAAGGAAAAAAAAAACAGAACGACGACAAAUAGAAAUCAAUUCGAAAUACUACGUUCCGGACUUAACGGAUCGAACUUGUUUUGGACUUUCAUCAUUGCAAAAUACCAAUUCGAAAUAAUAAAAAACCAUCGUCAUUCCAGCGAAAAAAAAUCCCCGGAAAAGUGACAAAGAAACUCCGAAGAAGAAGAAGAAGAAGAAGAAAUGUAAGAAAUUCAACAGCAACAUAAACAACGACGUGCAAGUGUUUUAGUGACCAUAGAAUUAUCACAAAAGUAAUAAAAAGAAGAAGAAGAGAAAAGAUUAAAUUCGAGAUGAUGGUGUUUCACUCGUUUGCCAAAAUCAUCUGAGACUUUGAAAUAUCAAUAAAUUUACUUGUUUCAAUGUUAAACUGUGUGUGAAAAUUAUGUUGUGUGAAGUGAACAUUGAUGAUCCAGAUACGAAUCCAGUACAAUAUUACACGAAAGCAAAACGAUUGCGAUAUUCAAAUUGAAGGAUUAUUCGUAUCGAAGAAAAAAAAAACAAUUGAAAAAUUUACGUUUGAAAACUAAUUGAUGACAAAAACAACAACAAAAAGAAACAAAAUUAUUAUACGUCGUAAAAAUUAGUUCGUCACAACUCGAUAGCUGAUCGAUAGGUGUCUAACAUCGUGGUGAGAGUUCAUUGUCCAUUGAUCUACGGGGAGGUAUUUGUGUGUUAUAUUGAUUGGACCAUGUUAGUCAUUUGCAAAUGUUAACAAAAUUGAUCCCGAAAUGUUCGCCAGAUAUCGAUUCGUGUAAGAUUAUUUGAUGAGAUGCAUAUGUUUACAAUCGAGAUGCUUCCAAACUUAUGCAGACAUUGCGCGAAACAUCAUUUGGAUACGCAGCAGCAUCAGCAAAGUAGGGAACAUCUUGAUUCGACCAAUUUCCACAAGUCCAUCUGGCUGCUGCUAACGAUUGCACGCAAAAAACUGAAUCAAAUUCGUGAUUUAUCGCACAACGAAAAUGAGCAAAAUGAAAAUCGCAAUGCCACGAAUGAAAAUACGUUAAAUCUAUUGAAUGUUAUGGCCCAUCACAACAACGAUCAAUCUUUGCAAUGCAAUAAUAAAAGUCUGGUGACCCAAACGCAGUCGAUUCACGGCGAAGAAUCGGUUCAGAACGGUGGUUCAUCAGUGUUUGUAGCGGAAUCUAGAAAAAUGAACAUUUUAACGAAUGAUGAUGUUGGCACAUCAUUUUUUAAUGGUGCUUUGGUUGAUGUUCGUACACCACAAACGGUGCGAAACAUUGAUAUGCAGCAGAAGCAGGAGCAGCAGGUGACGCUAUCGUUAGAUGAAACAACGGCAAUGAAGCGGUCGCAUUGCUUGCCAUCAUCGUCAACAUUACGACCGUGCAUCCAUUGUCGAUGUGCAGGUGCACACAGCAGUAGUGACACAAAUGCACAGCAAACGCAAAAUCCAGAGCCGAAGCAUUCGGUUCAAAAGAAUAGUAAUUUAAAUUUAAACGUGCAUGAAAAAACACACGAAAAUCCAAAUAGUUUAAGUCAACAAACAAAUCAUACAGAUCGUUUAGCUAACAGUAGUGAUUUAAAUCGAUGUAUCGUGUAUGGCAUUGAUCCAUAUGGUUCAAGUCGUAGUGUUAGAACAUUUUGUGCUAAUUAUUCGAAUAAUCAUCCGAGAAAAAACGCUUAUGUCAAUCAUCGAUGGCCAUAUGCAAUAUCGUCUACAAUGAAUUUUUCACACGUGCUCUUAAUAUGUGUCGCAUUCAUGGUAUUCGGUGUAAGAAAUGCAGUGAUCAUGGCAGACGACACACCGGCCAACACAAAUCUAAGUAUGACGGAAAACGGAAUAUGCAGUAGCAAAGACAUUCGAAAUUCGGUGAAAAAUUUCAACGAACUGAAAGGUUGCCGCGUUAUUGAAGGAUUUCUUAUGAUUACACUUAUUGAUAAGUACAACGAAACGGAUUAUGAUGGCCUCGAAUUUCCACUGCUCACCGAAGUCACUGAAUUUUUGCUAGUAUACCGUGUGAAUGGACUCAAAUCACUCGGCAAACUAUUUCCAAAUCUACGCAUCAUCCGUGGCAAUGUUUUGAUUCAUGAUUUUUCCUUCAUUAUCUUUGAAAUGAUGCAUCUACAGGAAAUCGGUUUGACGUCGCUAAUCAAAAUUCCACGCGGUUCUGUUCGCAUCGAAAAGAAUCCAGCACUUUGUUUCGUUGACACAAUCGAUUGGUCGUUAAUCACAUCAGGCAGCAAGGAGAAUAUGUUCAGUAAUAAUAAAGCGGUGAACGAGUGCCCGACCUGUCCUGGUGGAAAUAAGAACGAUAACAAUAAUAGUGAACUGUCAAAAUCGAAUGCCGAUGCAAUUGUCUGCCCGGAAGCAGCUGGACGGCGAUUGUGUUGGAACCAUCAACAAUGCCAAAUAAUUUGCCCAGCAAAAUGCGGAAACUUAACUUGCAAUGAAAACGGACAGUGUUGUGAUGAAUCAUGCCUUGGUUGUUCCAAUGAAAAUCCAAAUGUAUGCUUGUCAUGCCGCUAUCUCAGUUUCGGCAAUGUUUCGAAUCGUCAAUGCGUUCAAAAUUGUCCGGCAAAUACAUUUGCACAUGAGAAUCGUCGAUGUGUCACAGAGGAUGAGUGUCGUGCCAUCAAAAAACCGGUCUUCGUCAAAUACGAUUUCAAUCUGUUAGACUAUCCAUACAUUCCACGCCACGAUGGUAAAUGCGCCACCGAUUGCCCGAGCAACUUUUAUCCCGAUGGACCGAGCGGAAAACGUGAAUGCAUCCCGUGCAAAGGAAGCUGCAAAAAAGAGUGCCCGCCCGGCAACAUUGACAGUAUAUCGACGGCGCAACGGUAUCGUGGAUGUACACAUAUCAAAGGACCAUUUGUGAUUAACAUUCGAAAUCAAGGCGGUCAUAAUAUUGUGCGAGAAUUGGAAACCUUUUUAUCGGAUAUCGAAGUAAUCGAAGGUCCAUUGUCGAUUGUUCGUUCGUAUCCAUUGCUUUCAUUGGGAUUCUUUAAAAAAUUACGAAUUGUUGAAGGCGACACCACCGGAAAAGAAAAGUACGGCUUCAAAGUAUUGGAAAAUCAAAAUCUUCAGGCACUGUUCACACAAAAUGUCACCAUCCAACACGGUCGCAUGUUUUUCCACUUUAAUCCCAAACUCUGCAUGAACAUUAUCGAGGGGUUCAAAGACAAUGUUCUCGAUUUGCGCAACGUAUCAAAAUUGCCAGCCGAUGAAGUGGCACCCAACUCGAAUGGCGACAAAACGGCCUGCAAUGUCACAAGUUUAGAGGUUGAAAUUAAAACAUUUAGUCACAAUGUUGUUGUGAUGGAGCUGAAACCAUUGCCGUAUGAAGAUGAACGCCAACUGCUCGGCUACUUGCUGUACUAUAUGCCGGCUCCAUAUCAAAAUGUCACGAUGUUCGAUGGACGCGAUGCUUGCGGCGGUGAUGGAUGGCAAGUGGAUGAUGUACCUGACAAUAAUCGCAAUUCAACACCCGUUUCAAUCAUCGCAACACACUUGAAACCAUACACACAGUAUGCAUACUUCAUUCGAACAUACACCGUUGCCAGUGAACAACGCGGUGGUAUUACACCAAUCAAAUAUUUUCGAACAGCACCAUAUAAGCCCGAAUCCGUCACGAAGCUCUCGGUUGCUCCAAAUGGCAGCUCAGAAAUCAUUGUGAAAUGGGGGCCACCAGUUCAUGCACAUGGCAAUUUAACCAAAUACAUCGUGAAAUCUUCAAUGGUACCGGAUGAUCCACAGCUCUUAGAUCUUCGAAAUUAUUGUAACGAACCAUUGGGCAUCGAAGCCAAAAUCCCAACAUCUAUCAAACCGAAUGAAGUGAAAGAGAAGGAAAAGCAAGACACCACACUGGAUUCUGGAUGUAGUUGUGACAGCGAGGACGGUCGAGAGAAAACCAAGUUCUCAGACGAAGAUGCCGAACAGUUAAUCGAAUUUGAAGACGAACUGCAUAAUACGGUUUAUGUUCGACAAGAAAAUCUACGACGGCGUCGAGAUGUUUCAGCACAAAUGUACAUGAGUGAUGGCACAACUUAUACCAUGAUCAAAACACGGCACCGACGUUCAAGCAACUCAACAGUGAACCAACCGGAAAUUUUUCCAAUCCAACCAAAUGUAAAACCCGAAACAAAACCAGCCACUGACGAUAAAGUUGACAAAAUGGAUCCAACAAACACCUACUACACAUACGUGUACAGAGAAGUGAAUGCAUCAGUUUUUACGUUGACUUUGAGUCAGCUCAAACACUAUUCGUACUACUCGAUAACAGUGAAAGCGUGUCGCGAAGGAACUGGUGACAACUGCGGUAAUGAAAUGAUUGCUUAUCAACGAACUGGAAAGAUUGAGGCUGCAGACGAUGUCACAUAUGUAGCAGUUGAAAAAUUGCCAGUUUCAAAUCACAGCACCGGUGUACGACUGUCGUGGAACGAACCGGAGAAUCCAAAUGGCAUGAUCGUUAGCUAUAAUAUUCGUUAUGGGCGCGUUGAUAUCGAACAUGCAAAAUACCAAGACAUUUGCAUCACACAAAAUCUGUAUCGUGAACAGGGCAGAUCACACAUAAUUACCGAAAUGGUAAAUGGAAACUAUUCGUUCACAGUUGUUGCCAACUCAUUGGCUGGUUCGAAUACACGCUGGUCGAAGCCCGUCUAUCACAAUGUCGAUGAACCAACAUUGUCUCCCACAAUCAUUGUGAUCAUUGUAUUCUCGGUCAUUCUGGUACUGUGUGGCAUCGGAGCGUUAGCAUGGUUUUAUCGUCGUAAAUACGGGCCACCCGAUUCAAGGAUCAAAAUCAUUGCGUCUGUCAAUCCGGAAUAUGUUAGCAUGCAAUAUACGCCGGACGAAUGGGAAAUUCCACGCGAGAAAAUAAUUCAAUUGAAUGAAUUGGGUCAAGGAUCGUUUGGUAUGGUGUAUGAAGGAGUCGUAUUGAAUUUGGAUCGAGACCAUGAUCGAAUACGUUGUGCUAUCAAAACAGUCAAUGAAAAUGCAACCGAUCGCGAACGAAUCAAUUUCCUGAAAGAAGCCGCUGUUAUGAAAGCAUUCGAUACGCAUCACGUCGUUCGAUUGUUGGGUGUUGUUUCGCGUGGCCAACCGGUGCUGGUGAUAAUGGAACUGAUGGUUAACGGUGAUUUGAAAGGUUUCUUGCGUUCACAUCGUCCCGAAACUGGUAACGAUGUACAACCGCCAACGCUGCGACAAAUCUUACAAAUGUCCAUUGAAAUUGCUGACGGUAUGGCGUAUUUGGCAGCAAAGAAAUUCGUUCAUCGCGAUUUAGCGGCGAGAAAUUGCAUGGUGGCCGAAGAUUUGACCGUAAAAAUUGGCGAUUUCGGUAUGACUCGUGAUAUUUACGAGACAGAUUAUUACCGAAAAGGUACCAAAGGGUUACUUCCAGUUCGAUGGAUGGCACCGGAAAGUUUAAAAGAUGGUGUAUUCUCAAGCUCCAGCGAUGUAUUCAGCUUUGGUAUUGUGCUGUGGGAAAUGGCUACAUUAGCCUCACAACCAUAUCAAGGUUUAUCAAAUGAUCAAGUAUUACGUUAUGUUAUCGACGGUGGUGUGAUGGAACGACCAGAAAACUGUCCGGAACGAAUAUACACAUUGAUGUGCCGGUGCUGGCAGCAUCGGCCUUCGGCGCGUCCAACAUUCAUGCAAAUUGUUUCGAUGUUGCUAGACGAAGCGAAACCGAAUUUCCGGCAAGUUUCAUUCUAUCAUUCGCAACCUGGCCAAGAGCUACUUCAGCUUCCACAACAUCAACUGAUGGAGGUGGUUGAUGUUCGGACACCGCUGCGUGCCGAAGAGGAAAAUUUCAGUGUCGGUGCUGAUGAUGACGAUGAUCCAGAGGAUCCAAACAGUUUCCUCAUGUCGGAAAAACGUAAUAUUAGCCAUCAGUCAGCAAGUGCCAGCGGUCCAUCGAACUCGCCUUUGAGAGCCGAAAAAAGCAGUACAAUACCAGAUAUAAGUAAAGCAGUUCCAAAAAAUUCGUCACAUCAAUUCAAAUUGCCAUUGCUGUCAAAAGCAUCACAACAUCAACCAUCAACAUCAUUGUCAUUCUUCAAUACAUUACUACCAUCAAAUAAGCCCGCCACCAACUCAGCAAGUGCCCUUGCGUCGCGUACAAUACAUUGCAAUGAUUCGGAACCACAACAGCAACAACUACAUCCGCAGCCCGACAGUAGUAGCGAAUCGACGGCCAUUCUAAUGCCCCCCAACAAUAGCACAAAUUUAUUUGGUCGCAACGGUAUUAAGUCAAAUUUCAAUCAGUUGGCCCGCAUGACAUUCGGCGACAGUGCAAAUGCCAACAACACAGGUGACAAAUCAAAUAAUGAUUAUUGCAAUACUAGUACUGGUGAUGCCAAAGCCUAUAAAUUAUUAAAUUCACUCAGCUAAAAACCAUGCGUUCAUCUAAACUAGCUUUACGUUAUCGAUAUUUCUUUUUUUUUCUGUCUUUUUAUUAAUUAUUAUUCUUAUUAUUAUUAUUUCUUUGUUCAAAUCAUUCUACCAUGUACAUGCGAAUUUGAGCGCGAUCCCAAAACACGAAAAAAAAGAGAGAGAACCACACUUUAUCUAACAUUGUUAACUAUCAGUCCUAUCAUAAGCAUAUGUAAGCGGGAAUAAUUUUAGUAUGAGGUACCUAAACAAAAGCAAAGAGCAGAAAUUGACGCAUAAAAGGGAAGAGAAAUGAAAUUGCGAAUCGAAAUGAAUCACUUUAAAAUUUUCAAAGAAGACACACUUUCUACUAUUGACAGCGAAGAAUAUUAUCUAUUUAAGAAAUGCCCAUAUCUAAAGCAUGUAUCGAGGUUCAACCAAGAUAGACCAAACGAAAGCGUAUGAAAAAGAAGCAAAAACGAAAAUUUGUGUAGAGUAAAAUCCGGAGAGAGACAAAAAAAACACUUCUAUUCGAUGGGAAAUAGUAACUAUUUUAAAGAACAAGUAGAUGAUCGAGAAGAAGAACAAAAAGAAGAAAAUCUAUAUACUAAGAGAUAAUAAUUGUUGUAAAACAUCGAGCAAAAUCUACGAUUUGAAGAGUGUUGAUCUUUCAUUGCUUCCUACAAAUUAACACAUUCGAAUGAAUGAAAUGUUGGAAGUAGAAAACUUUGAUUCAAAAUAGUUUUUAUCAGAUUCACUCGAGCAAAAAUUCCCGUAUCAUUAUUUUUUUUUUGCAAUGAGAACUGCUUAUUUUUAUCAAUUUUCACAGAAUGGAAAUCAAUCAAGGCCAAUUUCUUUUAAAAGAACCGGAUAUUAAGUUAGCAUGUUAUAAUGUUGCAUUUAUUUAUGGAGCAUAAUUAAAACUAAAACACACAACACAA